GAUUUAUUUGUCAGAUUAGUUUUAUUUUCAUUUGAUUCAGUCAUUUGGGUGAUUUCAAAUUCUAUUCACUAUAUUCGGCCAUCCACACUAUCAUAUGCUCAAGAUUUUAAUAUUCAAUGCAAUAUCAAUACUUUUAUAUCAGUCAUGAAACCAAUGCUAUUGCCAAAACAUUUGGACGACCUGAUCGAUACAUUGCUUGCCUGGAAGUUCGAUAAGCGUAUAAAUGUGCCGGAAGUAGACAUCUUUAAGCUUUUACAGAUUGCACGUGGUGUAUUAAUAGAGGAGCCAAUGCUUCUGGAGAUAGAAGCCCCAAUAAAUGUGCUAGGCGACAUACACGGUCAGUACGGGGAUAUGCUUCGCUACUUUGACUCAGCAGGCCAUCCACCAAAAGCGAGUUAUCUCUUCCUUGGGGAUUACGUUGAUCGUGGCAAACAUUCUGUGGAGACGCUAACCCUAUUAUUGGCCUACAAGGUCAAGUUCCCGUUUUCCAUGUUUCUGUUGCGCGGAAAUCACGAAUCGGCCAGCAUCAAUCAAGUGUACGGGUUCUUCGAUGAGUGCAAGCGCCGCUUCACAGUACGACUAUGGCGGUGUUUUGUGGACACAUACAAUUGCAUGCCCGUGGCGGCCAUUAUUGGUAACAGGAUAUUCUGUUGUCAUGGUGGCCUGAGUCCACUGCUGCAUGAUUUCAAUGAUAUACGCAACCUGUCACGGCCAUGCGAAAUCAAGACAAAUGGCCUGCUCUGUGAUUUGCUCUGGGCCGAUCCUGAUCCGGCCGUCGUUGGGUGGGCCAAGAACUCACGGGGCGUAAGUUUCACUUUUGGCGCUGACAUUGUCAUACAGUUUAUCGCUCGGUUUAACCUCGAUUUGGUUUGCCGCGCCCAUCAAGUGGUAGAGGAUGGUUAUGAGUUUUUCGCCAAGCGCCAACUUAUAACCCUCUUCUCUGCGGUCAACUACUGUGGCGAAUAUGACAACGCCGGCGCCAUGAUGUGCGUUGAUGAACUUCUAAAUAUUACGCUGGUUGUAAUGAAGCCGAAGAAACGCGAGGGGGAAGUCAAAUUCACUGCCCUUGUGGAGAAAGCGCCGGAAAAAAUGAAAAAAUAGAUGGAUACUACCAGUUACAAGUAUUCUACAUUUACCAAGGGAUCGCAUAGCUACAUUGGUGCUGGACGUGUUGGUCGAUAAAUAGAAUGGACUAUCCUGGCGACCUGAUAAACUGUCUACAUGGAAUAAACCAAUAUGAAAUGAGUACUAAGUAUAUAACGCUCUCAACGAGUAAAGAGAUAUUUGGCACUGAUUUUAGUUAGUACGUAGGCGAAUUGGUCUGUAUUGUCUCCGGCAUGUGAUCAUAGAAGGUAUACAUCAUCUUGUCAGAACUCUUCAUUUCAAAUACAUCAAAAACAAGUAUUAAAUACAUUAAAAAAAAAA